AUGAACGAUGGUCGAAUGCAGCAUGCAGCAAUCGCAUUAGGAAAUGGAAAAAUAUUAGCUGUUGGUGGAUAUGGUAGUAGUAAUAUCCUGGAUAGUGCUGAGCUGUAUGAUCUAUCAACAGGUACUUGGACAAGAACCGGUAGCAUGAUUCAUGCACGCAGCGAAGUCACAGCAUCAGUAUUAUUAAAUGGAAAAGUGUUGGUUACUGGUGGAACUAAUGGUAGUAUCUUAAAGCAUGCUGAAUUAUAUGAUCCAUCAACAGGAAUCUGGACAGCGACUAGUGACAUGAAUAAUGCACGCGUGUUACAUACAGCAUCAGUGUUAUUAAAUGGACAAGUGCUAGUUGCUGGUGGAUGGAAUGGUACUACGCAAAUAAGUAGUGCUGAGUUAUACGAUCCAACGACAGAAGCUUGGACAAUUAUUAGUAAUAUGAAUAAUGCACGAAAUUCACACACAGCGACUGUAUUAACAAAUGGAAGUGUAUUAAUAAUUGGUGGAUGGCAUGAUGGUUCUAUCAGUGGUGUUGAAUUAUAUGAUUCAACAACAAGAAUUUGGACGUCAACUAAUAAUAUAAACAAUGCACGAUAUGCUCAUACAACAUCUGUAUUAGCAAACGGACAAUUGUUGAUUACAGGUGGACAAAAUGCCACCGAUCAUUUAAAUAGUGUUGAACUAUAUGAUCUAUCAACAGGGACUUCGACAAUAAUCAAUAGCUUAAGUAAUGCACGACCUUAUCAUACAGCAUCUAUUUUAACAAAUGGAAAAGUAUUAAUCACCGGUGGUGGUCUAAGUAUUACUGAACUGUACGAUUCAUCAACAGGAAAUUGGACAACUAUUAGUAAUAUGACUGUUCCACGAUGGAGACAUACAGCAUCCACAUUAACCAAUGGAUUAGUGUUAGUUGCUGGUGGAUCCAGUGGUAUUUUAGAGAACAGUGCAGAAUUAUAUUAA